AAUUAACUUGUCGACUCUUGCAGGCGAUGGUGUCGCCUCUAGCGGUGUUGCUUUCACACGUGUCUUUCCUGAACACUUCACAUCCGUUUUACUCAUCUUAAUAACUUCAUAUUAUUUGUAUGUUGAAAUUGGUCUUGAAGAGUAUUCCAAUUACAAUAUUUUUUAGGUUCUUUUUUUAUCUAGAGUUAAAAACGUUACAAAUAGAAAGUUUUAGUCGGAAGUAUUUUUUAAAAAUGUUCUGAACUUCGUGGUGAUUGUAAGCUCCUUGCAAGAUUUUCUUCCUGUGAGAAGUAGUGUGUGCGUGUAAGUCUUGUGGUUUUCCAUGUGUAAUCCAAAUUAAUCUUAGCGGUUGUUCGAUUAAUAAUAAGCAAAUAUGGUGCAGCGGUUAGUCUAUCGACGACGAUUGUCGUAUAAUACAAACAGUAAUAAGAGGCGCAUCGUCCUCACUCCUGGAGGAAAAUUAGUGUAUCAGUACCUUAAGAAGCCCAGGAGAGUCCCGAAAUGUGGGCAGUGCAAGGAGCGUCUGAGGGGCAUUUGGCCCGCUCGUUCCAUGGAAAGAUCCCGUAUGAGCAGAAGGAAGAAGAUGGUUAAGCGUUCUUAUGGUGGUGUUCUUUGCCACAAGUGUGUUAAAGAAAGGAUUGUACGUGCUUUCCUGAUUGAAGAACAGAAGAUUGUUGUUAAGGUUCUUAAAGCAAAGGAGGCUUCUGCCAAAGCUAAGAAAGCUGAAACAUAAUGUUUAUAUUUGAUUCCAAACUGCAAUAAAUACUUAAAAACAUAUGUCUGAAAUUACUUGAUUGUUAGUGGCAGUGUUUCGUUGUAAAAUUCUUUGAAGAUCCUUGAAAUCCCAAAACCCUUAUAAUAAAUCCUUGGUAUAUGACCUUAUGUUCAAUGAAUGUGGAAGUUAUAAAUUGAAAAUUGUGGCAGAAAAGUGAAUAUUAUUCUCCCAGUAACACACUGAACAACAUUACAAUUUUUACCACAAAUAUUAGAAAAGAAAUUUAUUGUAGAAUUUCGUAAAGUUCUAAAGAAUUUGAAAGUAAGUUUAGAGGGCUGGAAUAACCUACUUGACUAGUAAUACAAAUAAUUGGGUUUAUUUCUUAAUCUAUUUUAAAAUCUUGUAAAUAUGUAAUGAUGUACAAUUGAUCUUAAAAAUUAAUAUGGGAAAGAAUGAAAAGUAAUUCCAGUAAGUGUUCUAGAUUGGAACAGAAACAAAUAAUGAGUUGGAAAUGGAAGCAAAAGGAAAAAUUCCUAGUAAAAUUGUGGUUUCACCAAAGCAGCUAUAAAAUUAAAUUGGACGAGAUAUACCAUAUUCAUUGCAUAAAAUUUCAUUAAUGUUCUCAAUGUCUUAAACUUUGCUUAUCAACCACUUUUCAUUGUUCAUAAAAACUGGGGGAAUAUAGUCACACAAGUGAAAAUUGGUCUACUGAGCGUACCCAACAUGAGUUUUUGUGUAAGAUUUUAUUUUUGGUUCAAGUUAUACCCGUUUUCUCAAAGUAUAGAAAAUAGUUGGAAAUUGAUUUAAUUUGCUUUUUUGCAUUUGUGUCCAAUUGUAAUGAACACUUCUGCAUACAAUGAAUCCAUUUCAUUUAAUUUUGAAUUGUCUUACACGUAUGUGUUGAACAACUGAUUGGAAAACAAUAACAGUUUGAAAGAUAGAAUUGUUGAAUUCAUAAGAUAAUCUGAACUAAUUUUGUGAUUUAUCUACAAGUAGAAAUGAGUGGAAAAGUGGU